CUGGAGCAGCGGCGGCUGCGGGGCUCAGACAAAGCGGCUCCACGGGGUCGGUCGCAACGGCGAGGAUGGCCCCCAGACGCUGCUGAGACCCCCCCCAAACCCGCCAGGGGUCUUUCCCGGGGUCGCUUCUCCGGGCGAAGGAAGGCAGAGCAGCCCCCCGAAACCCAGUGCACGGCUGCGGUGCGAAGAUGAGCCUCUUGGUGCCAAAGACUCGUGCAGAGGCCCACGUGCCGAAAAGGAGACUGUGCUGUGAGAAAGCGUCAAAAUCGGGCGGCUCGGCACCCAAGCGCCCGCGUGUGGACAAGCUUCUGGGGCCAUCACCCUGCCUCCAGCCCCUGCCUCAGUGCCCUCCCGCCGCGGAUCAGGGUUCGAGCAUCACUCAGAUCGGCCCCUACAUCCUUCUGGAGCCCACAGAAGGUGGACGCACUUACAGGGCAGUGAACAGACACACCGAGGCAGAGCUGACUUGCAAGGUUUAUCCGGCCAAGAGCUACCCCGAGGUGAUGGAGCCCUACGCUGCUCUCCCCUCGCACCCCAACAUUGCCCAGGUGGCAGAGAUCAUUGUGGGAGACCAAAACGUUUACAUCUUUUUUGAGCCCGGGAAGGACAACAUGCACGACUUGGUGAGGCGGCGCAAGCGUGUGCCGGAGUCCGAGGCGGUUGCUCUUUUCCGACAAAUGGCCGAAGCCGUCGCCCACUGCCACCAGCACGGCAUCGUCCUCCGAGACAUCAAACUGAGGAAGUUUGUCUUCGCGGAUCGAGAACGGUCUAAGUUGCUGCUGGAGAACCUGGAAGAUGCCCAGGUCCUGCUGGGUUCCGAUGAUGCCUUGGUGGAUAAGCAUGGAUGUCCAGCUUAUGUGGGUCCCGAAAUCCUGAGCUUCAAGGGCUCCUACUCCGGAAAGGCAGCUGAUAUCUGGAGCCUGGGGGUGGUCCUCUACACUCUCUUGGUGGGCUGCUACCCCUUCCAGGGCACCAAGCCAAUCUCAUUGUUUACCAAGAUCUGUCACGGACGUUUUACAGUUCCGGCCGACCUCUCGCCCAAGGCCCAGUGCCUUAUCCGGUGCCUCUUGCGAAGGGAUCCGGCUGAAAGGCUGACCGCCAGUGGGAUCCUGCUCCAUCCUUGGCUGGUUUCGAACCCAGUCCCCAAACCAUUGGGGGUCAGCCCCCCUGGAGGGCAGGGGCUGGACCAAGUGGUUCCCGAAAUGGGGAGCCGCCGAAAGAAUUUGGAUAAAUUGCGAGGAGAGGACAGAUGAAGUGGCCUUGAGGGGAAGAAUGCGGAAGAAAACAAGGAUGUGGCAUUGAAAGCCAUAUCUCAGCCGCCUUGGAAGUGCCUUUUGAGGGACAAACUACCUUUCACCUUUGCCCUUCCAUGGGACAGGGGUCACUUUGUCCCAAAACAUGGGUAGAGAAGGGCUUCACCCCCUCUUUGUCCUUUGCGUUCUUGCCUAUGCCAAAGAAACCUAGAGGAGUUUUGUCAAGCACCAGCAAGCUCUUAAAAGAGGGCUGUUUUGCACCUUUAAUUUGGGAUCUGUAUUGCUGAUCUGGACAAGGACCUUGGAACCUGCUGGAAUGAUUGAUGGGAGAAAGAGAUCUAGCAUGGAUGAUGUUACGUAGUUUGGUAAUGAGAUGUCUGGAAGUAAACAGCUAAGCUCAGAGAGCACAAAGGACCCUGCUGUCAUCUUUCUCCUCCUCCUCCUCCUCCUCCUCUCUUCAAACCCCACUCCCUUCUAGCACUGAUGAUGUUCCCUAGUUGGGUCACGAAACGUCUGCAAGAAAACAGCCAAGCUCAGAAAGCACCAAGGACCCCACAAUUCUCCUCCUCCUCCUCCUCUUCCCGCUCUUCCUCCUGCUCCUCCUCCCCCCCUUUCUCCUUCUCCUUUCUGCAAAGCCCUGUCCCUUCUCCUAUUGAUGAUGUUACCUAGCUUGGUUAUAAGAUGUCUGCGAGAAAACAGCCAAGCUCUGAGACCACCAAGGACCCCGUAAAAAGAGAUCUGGUGGCAGGGAGAUUAUGCUUUUUCCCGCAUCCCAGGGCUGGAUUUCAUGUUCCACCAUUUCAGGGGAAGGAAUGGAUGGGAGUGAUCGAGUGAUGGGCAUUUCUGCAUGGGAUUAUUUUCCCUGAUGCCAAAGAAAAGGUUGAGAUGGAAGCAGGGACUGGUGCUUUCUGAGGGGGAG